AUGAAAAACAUGAAUUGGAAACAGCUGCUGGUGGUCGGUUGUGCUUUGGUUACCGUUGCGACCGGUGCAGCACCACGGUCCAUUUCGUAUAUUUACCGGAGUUUCGACACGCUCCCGGGUCAGGUUAUGCUCAUGAGUCCUUCCAUGGAACGGGCGAGGCUGGAGUUUCCAGCCAUUUACAAACGUGAGACGAUCCAGGCAGAGAGCAAACUUGAGCAGGACAUCGAGAGUUCGGAGGAGGCCGACAGAGCAGAGGAUAGCGAAGAGGAAGAACCAAAAGCGGUCUCCAAAGAUGAAGAAAAGCACCACAAAGAAUCUGGUGAAUCCUACGAAGAACAGCAUCAUGCUUCGAGUGGCGAAGAGGGUGAAAAAGGUUACGAUACACAUCACGAGGUCGAUAAGGGUCAAAAGGGUAGCUACGAUAAGGAAGACCAUGAACAAUCGUACGACGAGGAAGGUGGUCGGAAGAAGGCCCACCACGAUGAAGGUUCCGCCCACCAUGAUCAUCACGAUGAGGCACAUCACACGAGUGGAGGCAAGCAUGGAGAGAAGAAGCACCACAAAAAGGGUUCCAAAACGACCGGGUACCAUAAUGUUUAUCACAAGGACGAAUUUAAGAAGGAACAUAUCUUCUACGACACGGCUGAUCACAGCGGUCAUUACAACAAGUACGGAUACGCCCACAAGGAAUUUUCGAAAGACGAAGCGCAACAGGCGAAUGGAGGACACAAGGAGGAGGCCCAUGCGGACAAAGGACACUCCGAGAAGGGUCACUCGGAGGACGGAAAGUAUGAUAGCGAGCAUAAGGAACACAAGAAAGAUCACGGGAAAUCGGAGGAAUAUGAACACAAGGAGGGAUACAAAAAGAAGGAUGGGAAAAAUGACGCCAAUGCCCAUGGAUAUGAAGUUUACCAUCACUGAAUUUACUCUUAACGUUUCUUAUUUAAAUUGAUUUAUUUAUGAUUAGUUAGUGAAUUUAUU